UUAUUUAAUUUUUUUUUCUUUUUUGUUUUCCUGUAGAUUUGGAGUGGAAAAUAAUUUAUGUGGGUUCAGCUGAAAGUGAAGAGUAUGAUCAGGUGUUAGACUCUGUUUUAGUAGGACCUGUUCCUGCAGGCAGACACAUGUUUGUAUUUCAGGCUGACGCACCUAACCCGGGGCUUAUUCCAGAUGCAGAUGCAGUAGGUGUAACAGUUGUGUUAAUCACCUGCACCUAUCGAGGUCAAGAAUUUAUUAGAGUUGGCUACUAUGUAAACAAUGAAUAUACCGAAACAGAACUGAGAGAGAAUCCACCAGUAAAGCCAGAUUUUUCUAAGCUUCAAAGGAAUAUUUUGGCAUCUAAUCCCAGAGUCACGAGAUUCCACAUUAAUUGGGAGGACAACACUGAAAAACUGGAAGAUGCAGAGAGCAGUAACCCAAAUCUACAGUCAUUGCUUUCUACAGAUGCAUUACCUUCAGCAUCGAAGGGGUGGUCAACAUCAGAAAACUCAUUAAAUGUUAUGUUAGAAUCCCAUAUGGACUGCAUGUGACUAACCACCAUCGCUUUGGUACUGUACAUGUGUUAAACUGUAAAAACAACCAGAACUAUUUCCCUCAAAUUCCAUAAGUACAUAGUUGACAAGCAAUGUGAAGAACUUGUUUUAAAACAUCCUGUAGAAAGUUUAUAAAAAAAAAAACAGUAUUUGAGCAAAUUGUGGAAUAUAAAUACAACUAUUUUUAAGUAAUUGCCUUUUUUCUCUAAUGUGUUAUUCUAUGUGGUCUAAACCAAACUCGAUUAAAGUGUACAUACCUAUUCUCCUCCCUCCCCCUUUACUUUGUAAGCAUUAUUAAAAGCUAAAAAAAAAACUGUAAAGUUAAAACAUUCAGGCAAAAUGAAGGAAUAAUGCCCUGUCCUCGUCUCUGAUAUCCAGAUUGCCAAAUAUAAAGUGCCCUUUAAUAGCAGCUUAAGAACAAAACUGUCAUUAGAUGAAGUGCAAAGAAAAAAGUAUCUCAAAAAAAAAAAAAGUCCAAAAAUGUCCUCUUGCUGUGAAAGCAGGCAGCACAGUAUAAUUUUAGGUGCAAGCUUCUUUUCCUUUCAAGGCACAUACUUGUUACUUAAAGCAUGCAAUUUGAGAUUUACCAUCUGCUAUCUUGGAUUUUAGGACUUUUUUUCUUAAAAAAAAAAAAAAAAAUCUCCUGCUGCUGCUGUUCAGUCAAACUGUGGUUUGUUAAGGACAAUGUUUCAUGUGAAUUUGGGUGGAUAUAUCUCAGCAAAGAACCCUUUUUCAGCCACCCAAAUGGCACACACAGUUGGAAGGAUUCAAGCAAUUACUAGAAAAUUUAAGCAUCAAAAGGAAUAAGUAGCCAAAAAAUGCUCUUCUGCAAGAUUGUUAUGUUCAACUGCUGGGUUGGUACAUUUAUUGUCAGGUAUACUUAAAUCUUGUAGUGUUUUUAACUAGUAAUAAGGAAUUUAGAUGCUUGCUUUCAGUUUUUUGAAACAUCUGGAAUUUAAAACUUCUCUCUACCCUGGUAUAAUCAAGAUUCAAACGUUGUUGUGGCAGGUGUGACACACUCAAGAAUACAUUGCCUGCCCUGAAGCUCUUGCACUGAGACAUCCCUGUUACCGCAGGCGUCCUUGAAGUUAAAAAGAACUAGGCAGUAAAUUGUAAAGACUUAAGACAUUAUUAUGACACUAACAAUUGAGUUAGUUUUUCCAGUCCUCAUCAGCCUUAUACAUUUACUGUGACUGUAUGUGCAUUUAAAAUUGUAAUCUGUCAUGUCAGAUUACCAGAAUAUAGUUCUGCUAGUUACUAGUAAUUGCCCAAACUGUGAACCCUUGUAGGUUGGAGGCCCUUAAAAAAAGGUAGAUUUCACGAUGACUGACAGUAUAGGUCUGAAUAAAAAUAGAACACUGUCUCUUCUCUUUCUGCAUCCUCUAAUAAGGAUGAAGAUGUCCCAAGCAGUUAGCACUUCUGCCUUUCCAUGUCAUUAGUGAAAUUCUCUUCAUUUCUAACAUGUAUAUUUUUUAAAUCAGAAAGGAAUGUGCGUGCAUGUUUGUUUCUUGUGUGGAAACUCAGCAGUACAUGGGGCAGCUGAAAAAAA